GAGAAAGAAAGAGAAGGCGACCUGGAGCUUAGGGACUUUGUGGGUUUCGUGAAGUGAAUGCGACCAAAAAACCACCUCUUAGGUCCCCUCCCACUCUCUUCCACAUUCCUUGUUUCGCCCUACAAAUAUGGGAAACCUUCUUAAGCUUUCUUGCAGCUUCCUCUUCUUCUUCAAAAUUGCUGACUUUUCAAACUUUAUUCUUCUUCUUUGACAAGAGAUCUCUUUCUUCACCAUUCUCAUCCAAUACAUACAAUACCAAAAAAGAAGAAAAAAUAAGGAUUACAACAGCAAAAAAAAUAAAAAGAAUUAGCUUCUGGGUUAACAUAAAUCUGAAUUUAUCAGGUUGAAUCUUUUAUACAUCAAUGGGAGAAGCUCCAGCUGAUAGUUUCCUGGGAGAUUUUCUAAAUGGGGUUGAUUUGAAAUCAAAGGGCCAAGAAACAGCUAUUUGUGUCGGCUCUAAAAUCUAUGUGAUUGGUGGGGCUGAUCUUGAAUCAACACCGCUCAUUGGAGUUCGAAUCUUUGACAAAUCUAGUGGGGAAUGGAUAAACCCUAUUGUGCUGGGUACUAAACCCAAGCUGUCAAACAGCCACUCAGCCGUGCUUUUAAAUGGUGAUCGUAUAUUGGUCAUUAAGGGAAAUUCCAAUUCUGAUGACUGCUUUUGGUUUCUUGAGGUGGGCACCCCAUUUAUUGAAGAACAGGAAAGGACAUAUGGGAAUGAAGUGGUUGCGUGGAGUAAAGGAGUUUUAGGCAAUGUUGAGAAGCCUAUUGUCAUUAGUGGCCCGUCUGGAGUGGGGAAGGGGACCUUGAUAUCUAAACUAAUGAUAGAGUUUCCAUCUAUGUUUGGAUUUUCUGUGAGCCACACAACCCGGGCACCAAGAGAAAAAGAGCAAAAUGGGAUUCAUUACCAUUUCAGUGACCGCAGUGUAAUGGAGAGCGACAUUAAGGAUGGGAAGUUCCUGGAGUUUGCUUCUGUUCAUGGUAAUCUUUAUGGAACAAGUGUCGAAGCAGUAGAGGUGGUUGCUGAUGCUGGCAAGAGAUGCAUCCUUGACAUUGAUGUUCAAGGUGCAAGGUCUGUGAGGGCUAGCUCUCUUGAUGCUAUUUUCAUUUUUAUCUCUCCGCCAUCAUUUGAAGAGCUUGAGAAGCGCCUUCGUGCAAGGGCAACUGAGACUGAAGAGCAAAUCCAAAAGCGUCUCCGAAAUGCUAGGGCAGAACUCGAACAAGGAAAAUCAUCAGGUCUUUUCGAUCAUAUUUUGGUGAACGAUGACCUUGAAAGUUGUUAUGAGAAUCUUAAGAAACUCUUGGGUCUUACUGAAGGUGUGAAGACUGCUCGUAAAACAUAUCCAGAAUUAGUCGACUUGCCUAUCGAACAUUCAGUAUCAAAGAUUGAUCAGAAGAUUUUAAUUAACUGCGGUGCUGCAGAAUAUCAUAAGGCAUCAAAUAACAUGUAUGCUCUGGACUUAUCUUUGCUCAAAGGAGGGGCACCAGGUCGGACAAGAGGACUAAACCUAUAUGUCGUCGAUCCUUCAACUGAUCGCGUAAAUGGCAACAAUCAGCUGAGCUAACAUACCACCUCUGGUUUCAGUCAUUUGUUUUCACUUCUUACAUCUUUAUAGGGGUCGAGUCCUUGAAAAGAACCACAAUUUGACUUCGUGAUAUCUUUCUUGGAUAGCUUGAACUAUUUAGUUUCUAAUACACGAAAAAUGAGAAAUGAUUUCUAAUUGAUGCGGAAAUUGUAGGUUAGUAGCCUGAGCUAAUGAGAGCCUAAGAUAUGUAACUGUUCUAAGAAUGCUUUCAGAUUUUUCUCUAGUUUAUCAUAUAUUUUCUUCUAAACUCA